UGUUUGUAGAUAUUAACAUAUUUAAUUAACAUGUACAACACGGAUCUCAUUACUAUUAAUACAUACUAAUUAUAUUUGUACACCACAAAUAAAAUAAUCUAAAACAUUAGUCGUGAUUUGAAGUUCAAAAUGUCUUUACUUUUCGAUGAGUCUUUGAAAUCAAUUCAGUUUCUCUUUAAAUAUGUUGGGAUAUAUUUGGAUCGUACAAUUCUGAAUACCGCCGAGCAUCUAAUAAAAUUUCGAUCGUUGUACAUAAUAAACUUCCUUUGGCUGAACACGGAUGUUAUCGGCGAAAUAUUAUGGUUAAUACAGGGCGCUCUUCACGGAAAAAGUCUAAUCGAAUUGACUUAUAUUGCACCAUGUACAACUAUAUGUAUGCUUGCUAACAUUAAAUCCCUCUCUCUGCUUCUUAAUCAAGAUAAAGUAAAGCAAUUAUUCAAACAACUUCGGAACAUGGAGAAUAUUAAUAUUGGCGAUGAAGAAGUUAAGAAGAAAAUGGUUGCUGAAGGAAAAAAGUAUCUAAGGGCUGUCAUAAAGGCGUUGAGUGUAAUCAACGCUGUAACACUGAUAUUGUUUAGUGUGAGCCCGAUCCUGUUCAUGGGAUUAGAAUAUAAGAAAUCGGGACAGGUUGAGCUGGUGCUGCCUUUCCUGAUUGUUUAUCCGUUUAAUUCUUAUGACAUCAAAUACUGGCCGUUUGUAUACAUGCAUCAAGUUUGGUCUGCAUACUUAGUGGUGACCCAAGUCGCUGGAACCGACUGCCUCUUCUAUACAUGCUGCACUAGCAUCUGCACGCAGUUUCGCUUGCUGCAAAACGACAUUGAAACUAUUAUUCCUGAACGUAAUUUUGACGAAAAUGUUUUUCGGGAAAAGUUUAAGAAGCUAGCGGUUCGUCAUGAGGGCAUCAUGCAGUCAGUCAUUCAAUUGGAAAGCAUCUAUGCAAAGUCGACGUUAUUCAAUUUCGUGACAAGUUCAUUCUUGAUUUGUCUGACGGGAUUUAACGUCACGGCUCUGGGCGACAUAGGUUUCAUGCUGUCCUUCCUCUCAUUUUUGCUGAUGAGUCUGAUGCAGAUUUAUCUUCUCUGUUUUUACGGAGACAUGAUUAUGACAUCGAGCAUGGAAGUAAGUAACGCGGUGUAUAAUUCCAAAUGGUAUACAGUGAAUGCAAAAGCCGCAAAGCACCUGUACGUGGUUCAAAUGAGGGCACGGAAGCCCUCCAAGUUGACGGCGUUCAGUUACGCCGACGUCAACCUGAAGUCUUUCACAAAGAUAUUGAGCACGGCUUGGUCAUACUUCGCUCUUCUGAAAACUAUGGAGAGCCCGACACGAGCAUAAUUCUUCACUCAUGUUGUAGUUGUAAAGCACAG